UAUAAAUAGAUAGAAAACUAGGCAGACAGACUGACGACUUACAUGUAUUACACCCUACGUACUCAGUAAUAGGGAUUUUAACCCCACUGCAUUGAUGGGAUUUUCAUUACAAAUACAUCCAUUGGCAUUAGUUUGUUGUCUGAGAUUGGGGCUAAAGUUUGGACAUUACCGUUGAGUUAGUAAAUGACUGCGAGGCGGUAGCGUCACCGUGCCGAGUGCUGCGAAAAAACCCACAUCGGAUUGGACUCUCCUGGUUCCCCAAUUAAGUCGCUCAUUAGCGAGGGAGGAAAGAGAGGGGGAGAGGGAGACUGCGGGAGAGAGAGAGAGAGCGAAACAGAGAGAGCGAGAGAAAGCAGAUAGCUGCUCUUCACAUGAAUGCACCCAUCUUCUAAAGAUCAGAGUGCAAACAUGCUCUGGAAACUUGUGGAAAAUGUCAAAUACGAGGACAUCUACGAGGACCGGCACGAUGGAGUUAACAGCCACAGUUCGAGGCUGUCCCAACUCGGGUCGGUCUCCCAGGGACACUACUCAACCGCUCCUCCGCUCUCUCACACCCCGACGUCGGAUUUCCAGCCACCUUACUUCCCUCCUCCUUACCAACCUCUCCCUUACCACCAGAGCCAGGACCCUUACACACACGUCAACGACCCUUACUCUCUGAACGCCCUGCACCAACCCCAGCAGCAUCCAUGGCAGCAGAGGCAGAGGCAGGAUGUGGGUGCCGAGCCGAGCCUUCUCCAUCAGCCCCGGGUUCUACCCCAGAUCACAGGGCUGGACCCUCGCCGGGAUUACCCCGGCGUGCGCCGGCCAGACGUGCUUGUCCACUCCGCUCAUGGACUCGACUCGGGCAUGGGGGACAGCCUCUCUUUGCAUAGUAUCAGCCAUCAUGGAAUGGAAGAUAUCCAGGCUUUGGAUGACACGGGUACCACUGGCAUGAGUUUAUUGGACCAGUCUGUCAUUAAAAAGGUCCCACUUCCUCAGAAGAAUAUCACAUCUCUGAUGAUGAACAAAGACAAUCUCCUCGGUGGAAUCGCAAACCAUAACGAGGUGUUCUGCUCGGUGCCGGGACGUCUGUCUUUGCUUAGCUCCACAUCCAAGUACAAGGUGACGGUGGGAGAAGUCCAGCGGCGCCUGUCCCCACCAGAGUGUUUGAACGCAUCAUUGUUGGGGGGAGUCCUGAGAAGAGCCAAGUCGAAAAACGGUGGAAGGUCGUUGAGAGAAAAGCUAGAGAAGAUCGGAUUAAAUUUACCCGCGGGCAGACGUAAAGCUGCAAAUGUCACUUUACUAACGUCACUGGUGGAAGGCGAAGCCGUACAUUUAGCCCGGGAUUUCGGAUACAUCUGUGAAACCGAAUUCCCUGCCAAAGCAGCAGCCGACUACCUAAACAGACAGCACACAGAUCCCAGCGAGCUGCACUCCAGGAAGAAUAUGAUCCUGGCCACAAAGCAACUUUGCAAAGAAUUUACAGAUCUGCUGGCACAGGAUAGGUCUCCACUGGGGAACACCAGGCCCAACCCCAUACUAGACCCAGGCAUCCAGAGCUGUUUGACUCACUUUAGCCUCAUUACGCAUGGUUUUGGCUCUCCCGCCAUUUGUGCUGCUCUCACAGCUGUCCAGAACUACCUGACGGAAGCAUUAAAGGGACUGGACAAGAUGUUCCUAAACAACAACCCAAAUAGACAUACAUCUGGUGGGGAGGCAGGCACCAAAACUGGAGACAAGGAGGAAAAGAACAGGAAAUGAAAAACAUUCCUCCAAACUUUUUAUUUUCUGUAGCUUUAUAUAAAAAAAAUCUUCUAUUGACUUGGAAAAGACGACAACGCACAUAUUAACGGAGCAACACUGGGUCAACUGUUUGCAACCAAUAUGGACCUGGAUGCAAGACAUCAAGACCUUUUUUCUUGGUAUUUUUCCAAUUUUGCAAACAUUUUGACUUCCAUUUUCCGUCAGAAUGGCAGGCGAUUCCAAGAUCAGCUUGUGUGACUGCAAAUUCAUUUUUUAUAUAUAUGUUAUCAAAAUCCUCUGGUCCCAUGUUCAUUUCAGGUCCGAUUUCUGUGCACAGUUCUGCAUGUUAUGAGGAUGGAAACAUUCCAGCAAAAGAAAAUGAUGAUCAGGUAACAGAAACACUUAAUAGCGUUUUUUUUACCCCCACCCCCUCCCCGUGUGGAUGUGCAGCUUCAAUAUAGAACCUUUAAAGUUAUACUACCCAAGGCCUGAUGGUUCCCACACAACAUUUAACAUGGUGACAAUAAUGACAUGAAUCUGCUGAAUCUAACCCCAAGCAUAACAAUACAGGCAAUAGUGUGACUGUCCAUAACCUUCCAGUCAACAUGAAUCUAAACGGAGCUCUAACUAGAUAAUUAUUCACCCUCGAUUGCAGUUGUCAGAUCAAGUUCAAGGUGAACACCAGCACUGCAAAAAUAACUACGCAAAGCAGAAUGAGUACAGACAGAAGGUGAGUUCACUUCAAAGAGACGGGACUGAAAUCCAACAGAGAUUAAUGAGAAGGGAACAUUGCAUUAUAGGAACGGGCAGUGCUCCCCCUGCAUGGCGUAGGCUCUUUAAGACUUGGUACAUUCCGACACACCAUUUAAUGUAACUGGUCUUCCUUUCAGCAAUUGUUCUGAAUUUGGCAGCAUGUACUUAAACGCUCAGUACGACAGGAUGCACCGCCCCAACCCCCCAGAAACUAUUAGCAUUGUGAUCAGUCUUUUUCGAUUUUUUUUUGUAACGACCUCCCCCUUAUCCCUUGAAGGACGCUUAACCAUCGUACAAUCUCCCUCAGCUCAGGGGACAAGUGAGCAACGUCUCCACCCAAAACACUUUUGACCUCAGCUGAUGCAUUUUGGCAUUUUGGUCAGUUUGAACAUGAGCGGACACUGAAGGCACCGUCCAAACGCAAAGCCUCGACCCAAUGACUCCCUUGAGAAUUUAUACCAUAUUAAAUGUCGAUGGUAGAUUCUAGUACAAACACGACCCGAAGAUUCGCAGAAAGCACAGGAGCUGUACUCGAGCAGCUUGAUAUGGUUAGUUAGGAAGAAAAUUCAUUUGUUCGUCAGAAUGUCGCCAUGAACACAUGGCGAAGUUAUCACUUACAUAUAAAUCUUAAGAAUUGCAUCCGUCACUAUUAGUGAGCCAAUUGCUUUUACACUGUUUAAGAAAUACCCCACCGCAUUACUUCAUUAAAUUGCCAGCAUGCGUACUGAAAAAAGGGCUAUAUUUGAAAGAGAGAAUUGGUUCACGCGGGUCAGUAGACACUGGUCAGUAGACUCUGGAUUGAGAAUAAAAUCCAUGCAGAUUCUUAGAGAUGGGCUGUCUGGAUGUGCUGGGUGCCUCUCAAAUUGAAAGAGCGAGGUUAUUCUAAAAAUAGUAAAAUUCUUGUUUUUUAACCAUGUCGGUUGUCUGCAUUUUCUGGAAAGAAUAGCAAAUUACGUCCUCAUGACUAGGAAACAUUUAAUGGUUGUGUUUGUUAAGUAGCCGUUUCAAAUUGCUUCCCCUUUCCGUUCAACGGAACCGCGCUGUCCACGUAUCUCGCUUGCAUACAAUCUUGAAACAAGUUAAAUAACAACGUUGCAAGGGAAGGCAGCGAAGUUGAGGGUGACACGUCCGCACGAACAGAAAACAACGUAGUCUAACGAUAAACGUUGUAGGCAUUCUGACUGUUCCUCUCUCAUCCCAGGGGUUCCGAGAAUGAAUGUUCCAGUACCUGCAUUUCGACAUGUUUUUGAGAACAACUCUAAAUCUAUUUAGAAACAAUGCAUUAUUGUAUUAUUCAACAAUUUCGAACAUAUUUACACGUUACAACUGUUGCAAAGAGCUCUGAUCUGUUAUAUUGUCAUCAAAAUAGUCAUGGUUGUUGAUACGCAUAUCAUGGGUCUCAUCUUAUUAUAAUACGCAGCCAUUUUUCACAUUGCUGUAUCCCAAUGGUUGGCCAUCUAGCAGUAUUCCUUGUUAACUAUACGCAUAGGUAUAUUACUCGACUAAGUGAUAUUUUAAAAAAAUCAAACGUUUGGUAUUCUACAAAAUCAAUGUUCCUUUGAGAAUGAGUUUCCUUUUCACGUAUUUUCCUUGAUUUUCACUCUUUGCCCCAGGCCAUGCAUGUCAAUGGAAGAGUUACCACAAGCCGAACUGCUGCUCCUUGAGUCCACAGGUGGUAUGUGGCGGAGUAUUAUCCCCUGUGGGGAUAUAAACAAACCCAAGGCCCAGACUGGUUAAACUCAUCUGAUAAAUAGCAGGAAUGUUGAAAUCCUGGGAGAACACGGGUGUUAAAGGAAUGUUUAAUUGGUUUGUUAUUGAGGCACUUAGGUGAAAAAGCGACGAUUGGUAGCACAAUCUUGGCGAAUACAUAGUGAUCACGCUGAUUUAAAUUUCCAAGAAAAAAUCCUAUGUUAAAAUAUCUCUCACAAUACGAUCAGAGUCCCAGGGAUAUGGCAAUGAAAAAAAAGGAAAGCCCCAUUGCAUUUUGUUACAUUUUCUUAAGAAUUCUGCAGUGAUGGAAACAAAAAUGAAUAGGAUUGAUUUAUUUUGCCUGCUAUUUGUUGUAUUUUCACUGAUUUACGACUGCUUCUGCUAUUGAUAAAAAAAGUAAGCGGUGAUCAAUUCCAAAUCACGAGAUUAAACGGAUUACUUAAAGUUGACCCCUUGUCCACACAAUGAGAUCCACUCGCCCAGGAACAUAGGAACGUAGGACUUUGGAGCAGGAGACUAUCCAGAUCGUGGUUGAUCUGAUUGUGGCCUUAGCUCUACAUUUCCUUCGGUACCCCAUAACCCUUCCAACUAACUCCUAGCUAUCUUAGCCUUAAAUAAGUACAAUAACACAGCAUUCACUGCCUUCCGGGGAACAGAAUUCUACAGACGAACAGCCCUCCGAAGUAAAAAAAAACUUCCGAAUCUCAGUCUCAAAAGCAAAACCUUUUAUGCUUGAAUUGUGUCCCCUGGCUUUGGCCCCACCACAAGAAGAACCAUCCACCUUGUAUCCAGCCUACUGAGUCCUCUCGGGAUCUUAUGUGUUUCAGGAAGAUCACUUCUCAUACUUCCAAGCCAAUGCAUAAGCGCUCAAUUUGUUCAACCCUUCUCCAUAAAAUAAUCUCUCUAAUCCAGGAAUGAGUCAGUGUGCCUUCAUUUGACUGUGUCUAAAUUAUUUAUAUACUUCCCAACCCCCUCCCCCCCAAACUGUACAAAACCGUACUCCAUACUCCAAAUUUAUCUCCCCAAAACCCGGCGCUGCUGCAAUAAAAUCUCCCUUUUAUAUUCCAGUCCCCUUGCAAUUAAUUGCCUUUGCGGAAUUUCAUGUAGCUUAACCCCAUGUCCAUUCUCUAUGACUAUGAUAUCUUCCUGUUUGACUCUAAACUAAUACAACGUUGGUAUUUUGAACUGUUAAACUUGGGUGUUUAAACAGGCAGAAAUAGUCAUAGUGAAUUCUAGCACGGUAUUUUUUGUUAAGGCGUGACUCGCUUCCAUUCUAUCAAAGCUCCGCAGGACUGUGUCUCACUAAACAUGACCUGCAACAUUGUUGAAUAAGCAGGGGGAAUUUAGGUUUUAAAAGCGCAUCAAGCAGUUGUGCAUUAGAUUUGGGGACUGCAGAUUCCUGGGAUUCCGGGGUCAUUGCAGUUCAAAAGGCACACGUAGACUUGUUCAACCUCAUAGUUGAAGCCAACAAAGAUUAAAGCCAACUACAGCACAGGCUAGAGGGCAAUUGGAGCACGCUUAGUGAGCCUACCUCUGAGCCAGAAGGCCUGGAUUCAAGUUUCAUCUGCUACAGAGGUGUGUCAUGACAGGUCUGAGCAGGUUGGUUACAAAUGGUCAAGGUCGACAGUGGGAUGAACGUUCCCAUUUUAAGAAACAAAAAGCUGCAGGCAAAAUUAGUAACAAAGGGUCAGACUUGCCAACGGAGUCAGUGUUCAGCUCACCUUUAGCUGGCUGAAACCAGUUUGUUAUCUUUCCAUGCGCAAGCACGGACGUUUACAGCAUAGAAGGGAGCCAUUUGGCCCAUCAUGCCCGAACAUAGAUUAAAACCUCAUCUCGCUUUCCCUCUUCCGCCACUCUGACUUGUCAGAGAUCCAUGUUACCCUAUGUGUAAUCUAAACGUAGUUAGGCAUUUACAACCAAGAAAUGUUACAAGUUGGCCAAGAGUUAGAUUAAAAUUCCGAUCACAUUGAGCAUUUGACUAGAUGUGAAAACACUGCCUCUAAAAAGAAAGUAAUUUAAAUGAAUGGAAAACAUUAAUUUGUGGUGGUGUUUAGCUCAUUUCUUACAUUUGUAAAACCAACGACGAGCAAAAAUGUUUAAAAUUACCACUACCAAUGAGUUCAGAUUCAAGUAUCGAUUGAAGAGCAUGAUUUUCAUUUCAGCAUUAAAUUACUGGGAGGAAAUGUCACCCCGACUGAUUUCGAACCGUCUCAUCGUCGCUCCUAAAUUCCUCUUAACCAAACAAUGGAUCACUGACAGUUUGGACAGGUUAACUUAAUUUCAAUAAUCUUUCGUAAACGCUAAAAUGUAUCGAACAAACAUUUGAUGGUCAAGAGAUAAUAGGAACUGCAGAUGCUGGAGAAUCCAGGAUAACAAGGUGUGGAGCUGGAUGAACACAGCAGGCCCAGCAGCAUCUUAAGAGCGAUGCUGUUGAGCCUGCUGUGUUCAUCCAGCUCCACACCUUGUUAUUUGAUGGUCAAUUGUUGGGUAAAUCAGGUGUAAGCGUUACAGAAGGAACAAUUUCAAUUUCGAUUCUCGAUCUAAACAUUCCCGUUUGUCAUACCGUUCAAAUGAACAUUUGUCCCCCAGCCCCCAAAUUACAGCAUUUGACACUAAAUAUGCCAAAUUCCUAAUCUGCAGAGUAUGUAAAAAUUCCGGUUUGAUCCAUACUUCAUAACAUUUCAAUUAUCCUACCAAGGAGCGCUUUCUCCUGCUUCAUGUGACCAUAUGUUCCUGAAGUCGAAAAAAAGUACAAUUCUUCAUAAAAUUCUUAUUCCUUUAGGUUGGAUCUUAUGUUGAUAGAAAUGUGGUCUGAACUCAUGACCAUAAUGUGCCAAAACCAUGUAUGAGUAGAUUACGUAGUUUGGACCGUUCCCAUCCUUGUCACAUGCUAGAAAAAUGUUUUGACUCUGGUGUCUAGGUAAACUGAUUUUUUUAAAAUUACAAUUUCCAAACAAUGAUAUAACUUGGAACAUCAAUUCUGCUGAAUCUCCAAUGGAAAUCAGCUUGGAGGGGAAGGGCGGGUUGUCAUUGUCCAUGUUUGUAUAUAUUUAUUUAAUGUUAAUUUAAUGGGAUUGUAAAUAUGGUGAGCCAGUAGCGGGGUAUUUAUCUAUGAUUCCAUACCUCUGUGAGUGGGUUGAAAAUGCUUGACGCUAGAUAGUCCACUAUCUGAUUUCCGUUCACUAGACACAUUGUAAAGGUGAUGGGUAGAACCUGUUUAUUGUCCAGUUGUGGUCUCAUUUUAAGAAAAAAAAGUUGAGUACCUUGUGAUUUUGUUGUAUUCUAUUCAGUUUCAAUGUGAUGCUGCUUCACUUUUCAGACAGAUUAUGAUGCUAGGUCUGUCCACCUACUGGUUGUUUGAAUGAAAACCAAUUUGUCUUCAAGAAACAAACGAACACAUAAUAAACCUUGCUUCGGAAAUGAAA